AUGUGCCAGCCAGCCAGCGUAGCUCCCGCGUGUUGCCCAGCAACGGUCAUCCCCGCCCCACCGGCAUCGGUUCUUAUCCGCGUACCCGCUAGCAAGCUGGAAGACUUCCCACUCGCUAAGCCCGCUUCGGCUACGCGCAUCACAACCGCGACAUACCACGCAGAUCCCCUCCCAGGCAUCUCCAAAACCCCCUACGCCUACAGCUACCACGGCGCGUCUUGGAGAGUUGUCAUCCCCAUCCAAGUCCCCACCGACAUCCUUAAGCCCACCCUCUCGUCUCUCCGUUACAUGGUGAAAUACGGCACCACGUUUGAUGACGGAAACUCGACGGUCCAGGCAGAUCUCGUCCUCAGCACUGUGAGCGUUGAGGGAGGAGUCACCCUUGCAGGAGACGAUGCCAGUGGGCUGAAGGGUCUCUACCUACCUGCGAAGAGCGGGUAUGCCCCACACAUCGUUGACGAGAACACCGGGGUUUCCCUUCUCACCGUUUCAUCCGUCAAGUGCAACGGCGGGGGAGCUCAGUGGAGCCACUUCAUCGACAGCCACCAGCUAUACCCUAACAUCCGCCUAGCUAAUCCCGGCAGUCAUCUCUACUUGGUCUUCAACGUCGCCGAAUACCCCACGAAGGAUACGGAGAGGUUCUUGGCCGCUGAAGUCGCAGCGUCGUGGUACGAGGAUGUAGAAGCUAGGAAGGCUCAGGACGAGGCUGACCGGAAGGCCAAGGAGGAGGCUGUGAGGAAGGCCAAAGAGGAGGCGGACAGGAUCGCUCGCGAGGAAGCCGCGAAAGCCAAGAAGGCCGAGGAAGAACUGCAAAAGAAAAUCAGCGACGAAGUGGCUGGACGCGUCGCUGAAGCCGAGAAAAGCAUCCAGGCAGAAGUCGAUAAGCGCGUCGCCGACGUAGAGAGCAAAUUACGAGCGGAAGCUCAGAAGGCCUCUUCCGUCAGUAAGGCAAACGCCCCUCACGUUGCCGACGACGCAAUGCAGGACAAGAUCCAGGCUGCGGCGAAGAAGCAUAACGCGGUGUGCCCUCAGGGCUAUGGAUGGGUGAAAAGCGAGCACGGUUAUGUUUGCGGCGGGGGAGGCCACAAGCUCACUUGGGAGCAGCUCGGGAUGUAA